UCUGGUUACCCGGGGGGGGCCGGGCUGUCCCGGCUGGCACCGCCCCGUCCCGGCCGCGGGCGCGGCUGUUUACAGGUCCGACAAGUUGCGUUGGUCUGCGAAAAAAAGGUGCUGGAGGCGUCAGAGGAGAUCAGCAAAGAUGUGGCCACAGUGGGGACUGGACCUGAACCGAGUCCGCUGUGACCUGCACUUCACAGAAGCCAUCAACCAAAGGAUGCAGGUCCCCAACAGGCUGAAGGUGGCAGAGAGCUGCAGCUCUGUGGAAAAGGAGCGAGUGAGAGAGGAUGUCCCUCCUUCCUUUCGGAUGCACAUCCCUGAUAGGAUUUCUCUUGCGGAAAUAUCAGAUGCCAUUUUGAGGCCAGACCCGCUGAGCCAGCCAAGGAAGGUCCCCUCUGUUGUGGUGCACGUGUCCCCGGACCCCUCAGCGCCGCCCACCCCCCUGGGGGAGCUCCCCUUCCUGCACACCCCCAGCAGGUCGAGCGCCCAGAGACGCAAACGAGCGGGCCACCACAGCAGCAGGUCCCGGCGGGACAGGAUCCCAGGUGACUGUGCCCAGCUGGCCUUGCACAGCCCGGGACAGCAGCAUGAGGGGCUGGACUCGGGCCCCCUGCCCGCUCGCAGUGCCCCUCUCCCCAUCCCGGCGGGGGCAGGCAGGAUCUACUCCCUGCAGAACAUCGUCCACACCAUGUACCUCCUGGGCCAGGUGCUCUUCCACCGUGUCCAGGACUCUCUGCAAGGCCCAUCCAGCUCCCAAGAGGCUGGCUCAGCCACGGAGAGCACGUUGGAAGAGGUCGGGGUGACUGAGGUGGCAGCCAUGAGAAAGCAGCUGGCCAGGAUCUCAGGGAGGCUCCGUGUGCUGGAGGAGCAGUGCCACGCCUGGCAGCAGAAGGAGGCCCUGGUCUACUCUGUGAUGAUCUCUGCCUGCCUCAUCAACACGUGGCUCUGGCUGAGAAGAUGACUGCCCGUGCCUGAGCUCCCUGCUCGCCCCGGCAGGGUGGGUGAGGGCAGGGAGAGGAUCCUUUCUUGUGUACUUGCCAGCAGUAAAGCUACAUGUUUGUUCUUAACCUGACCUGCUUUUUGCACUGUGGGCCCUUGAGGAUCCGUGUCCUUCAGGCCCCGAUGACAAUGAAGGUGCCAUCCCUCUGUAGCACCAGAGGUGGGUGAGGGAGAUGUA